GUCACUGGAGACCUUUGAGCUCCGUCUGCGAAGUGCGCAUGCGCUCGUGCUGGGAGUGAAGAGGAAGUGAGCAUUAUGUCGAUAGAAGACCCAUUUUUCGUUGUGAAGGGGGAGGUGCAGAAGGCCCUCUCUCGUGCUCGGGGCCUGUUUGAUAGAUGGGAGGAACUGUUGCAAGAUGGGACACAGGUAAGCCGCGAUGAGCUGGACUGGAGUACCAAUGAGCUGAGGAACUGUCUGAGGGCCAUAGACUGGGACCUGGAGGAUCUCAGUGAAACCAUCAGUAUUGUGGAGUCGAACCCCGGGAAGUUCCGACUGGGCGACAUUGAACUUCAGGAGAGGAGAGACUUUGUGGAGCGAACCAGGAAAUCUGUCCAGGACAUGAAGGAUCAGUUGUCCAGCCCUUCUGCCAUGGCUCAGGCAGAGAAGAAGAACAGAGCGGCUCUGCUGACUUCAUCGGGCCAGGACAGGGACAGGUCAACGGGACUGGAGGCUCAUCUGGUAUCUGCUAACUCCAGAUACAUCCAGGAGCAACAGGAACAACAGCAGCUGAUCAUGGAGGAGCAGGAUGAGCAGCUGGAGUUGGUGUCGGGCAGCAUCAGAGUCCUCAAAGACAUGUCGGGACGCAUCGGAGACGAGCUCGAUGAGCAAGCUGUUAUGUUGGGGGAUUUUGGAGACGAGAUGGACCAGACAUCGUCCCGCAUGGACUCGGUCCUCAAGAAGCUGGAGAAGGUGUCUCACAUGACCAGCAGUCGGAGGCAGUGGUGUGCUAUCGGCGUGCUGGUCACCGUUAUGAUCGUGGUCCUCAUCCUCUUCUUCGCUCUCUGAUGCCGGUGACCGCUGACCUCUUGACUACGUUCACCGACUCCCGCCUGAUAGGACGAACGGGAUGGAUGGAUGGACGGACGGACAGAAACAGGAAGAAGGACGUGUCUCCUCCUCCUCCUCCCCCCCUCCCGUCCCAUUCCUUUCCGCCCACUGAGGAGAAACUGGUGACCUGCAGAGAGAAGUUAGGAGACCAAUCCUCCUUCCCUCUGCUUUUAAUGAAUCUUUUUUUUUUAUUUUUUAACUUCAGCGGAGGAGCUUAACACAGCGGAAACCCCGGGUGGUAUUGUUUAUUUCACGUCGGUGCAUUUCGGUUAUUGUUUGAAAUAAGGGUACUCAGCGGGUGGGUCGGGAUAAGAGGCCGCUGCCGUCAGGUUAAAAACACAAACGUGCAUGUUUAUUACCAAGUACGUCAGGGUUUGAAAUGUACACCCAACAGCUGUCCGGUGGCGGUAACAUUUGUUAUGUUGAUACAUCAGCUAACACCAACAGCACUUGAACACUUGAGUUGUAGUUCCUUUUCUUCCAAACUACAAAACAGUCUUGUUUUCAUCAUCAUUCAUAACUUUUGAAUGACGCUGAACUGAGAUGAACCACAAACGUGACUUAUUUGGUAAGUAAGCAGUUCUAAAAAAAGGUGCCUUACAGAAGGAGCGAAAGGGAAGACAGAUUUUCCAGAAGACAAACACAAAAUGUCACUCGAGCAGCUACUGUGACAUUUCAAUUUCCGUUGGCUGGUAAAACCUGGUUCUUGGCAGAGUAACCAGCCAGAAAGUAGUUUUUGGACACUGAUGAAUGUAGAUGUAUUCACUGUUAAAUGGAGAAAGAUGCAGUUAUUUGUGUUUUUAAGCAGACGGGAGCAGCGUGGGAGGGAGGAGAUGGGGGGGGUGGGUCAGGGUUUUUUUCAGUGUUGCCUUAAAUCUAUUUUUAUAUUGUGAAAAUGUGCACUAUGGUUUCUGUGCCUACAUGUGAAUAACGGUGAGAAAUUACCAACAAGUACUAGUCAUCAGGAGAGUGGGCCAAAAGUCUGCAGGUUUUCCCUUCCAGUCCAACA